AUGGAUUUAGACGAUGACGCAAAAUGGUUGGAGUGGGUAGCCAAGCAGUUUGAGACAAUUGCUGGCGACGGUCAAGGAAUCGACUCGGAAGAAUUCAAAAUGGCUCUCAAGGUGAAGGAGGCGAGUUCCUUUUUCGCUGAGCGGUUCUUUGCUUUGUUCGAUGCCGACGGGAGCGGCACCAUCACUUCGGAUGAACUCCUGGAGGCCUUGAAAAUGCUGACCCGUGGAUCUGAAACGGACAAGCUGCGGUUCCUGUUCCAGGUUUAUGAUGUGGACGUUUGUUCUCUUGCAGUUUAUCCCUCCCGUGUCGACAGCAGAGCCUCUUUCGUUGCAGGCAGCGGAUCCAUAGACUCUGGUGAGCUGCGCACGGUCUUAAAAUGGUGCCUGAAAGAGAGCUCCAUCUCCUUGCCAGAAGGGAAGCUAGAUGACCUCACCGGGGCCCUUUUUGAAUCAGCUGAUACUGACAACAGUGGAUCCAUCACCUUUGAAGAACUCAGGAGGGAACUGGAGUGCUUUCCAGAGGUCAUGGAGAACUUAACAAUAAGAUGCUUGGGAAGUGUCCGACGUGUGAUGUAAUACAAAAUCCAGCAUAUUGAUCUUGGUGGCAGGCCACGCUACCUGAGCGCAGCCUACUGGCAGAACAACAGCAGCAGCCUCGCUUUCCUGGGGAGCUACGGGUGUGUGAACAUCCUCCUCUUCACCUUGGCAGCACUGAGGCAUGCUGGAUCUGGCGCCUGGAUGAUGCUGGCCAAAGGCUGCGGGCAGAGCUUGAACUUCAACUGCACGUUCAUAGUGGUGCUGAUGUUACGUCGAUGUCUAACGUGGCUAAGGGCCACCUGGGCCGCUGGGGUGCUGCCUCUGGACCAGAGUGUGACUUUGCACCAGCUGGUGGGCUACGUUGUGGUGGCUCUGGCCACCAUUCACACUGGGGCUCAUGUGGUCAACUUUGUGAGAAUGUCUCAGGCCAAAGACAGCUAUUGCCUUUGGGAAUACCUGCUCACGACCCGCCCCGGGAUUGGCUGGGUCUAUGGCACCGCCUCUCUCUCAGGACUCUUCCUCCAGCUGCUCGUGGCUCUGCUGUUUGUCUGCUCCUGCCCCUUCGUCCGCAAGGGGGGCCACUUUGAGGUCUUCUACUGGACCCACCUUUCUUAUGUCUUCAUCUGGGCGCUGUUAAUUGUCCACGGCCCAAAUUUCUGGAAGUGGUUCGUCGUGCCUGGAUUUCUGUUCCUCGUGGAGAAGAUGGUUGGUGUUGCGCUGAUGCAUGCCAGAGGGCUGCACAUAGUGGAAAUCAACCUCUUGCCUUCUGAGGUGACCCACUUGGUGAUUGAGCGACCUCCGUUUUUCCACUACAAACCGGGUGACUACAUCUAUCUCAACAUCCCAGUCAUAGCCAAGUACGAGUGGCAUCCCUUCACCAUCAGCAGUGCUCCAGAGCAACCAGGGACCGUCUGGCUGCAUAUCAGAUCCCAGGGACAGUGGACCAAUCGGUUGUACGAGUACUUCAGUCGGCAACGUGAGCUUUCCGACAGUAACCCUGAUUGGCUGGCCAGAAAUCACAGGGACAAGGGCUGGUCCCAGAAAUGCCUGCAGGUUUCUGGCAAGCCGGAUGAUCAUCAGCGACGCUGCAACGUCAAGUGCUACGUCGAUGGUCCUUAUGGGACUCCCACCCGAAGAAUCUUCACUUCGGAACAGGCAGUGCUGAUCGGGGCAGGAAUCGGUAUCACCCCGUUUGCAUCCCUUUUGCAAAGCAUCAUGUACAGGUAUCGUAGGAGACAGCAAACCUCCUCCGGCCAGUGCCAUCUGGAGGUGGAGAGCCGUAAGAACGAGGAAAUGAAGCUCCAGAAGGUUGACUUCAUCUGGAUCAAUCGGGAUCAGAAAUCCUUCGAGUGGUUUGUAAGCCUGUUGACGCAGCUGGAGAUGGAGCAGGCCGAGGCUGACCCUGCAGGCUGCUUCUUGGAGAUGCACUUGUUCAUGACCUCUGCGCUCCGCAAGAACGACGUGAAGGCCGUCGGACUCCAGAUGGCGUUAGAUCUGCUGGCCCAAAAGGAGAAGAGGGACGCCAUCACUGGCCUCAAGACCAGAACCCAGCCAGGACGUCCCAAUUGGAACCAGAUCUUUCGGAAAUUGGCUCAAGAGAGGAGAGGGAAAGUCCACGUCUUCUUCUGUGGCUCUCCGGCUCUGGCCAAGGUCGUCAGGGGCCACUGCGAGCAGUUCGGCUUCAGAUUCUUCAAAGAGCACUUUUAAGAGACACACACCCCCUUUUGGGAACCCCCUGGCCCUCUUCUUGCGUGGAGGCGAUAAGGCUGCUCGAGGCUCAGAGGCAUGAUAAAAAUAGAUAAAUAUGCAGAACUGGAGAAGAAAUUAAUAU